UUCUACAAAUCCUUUCUGCAGGCCGUUUCCCAAAUCAUUCUGUUUCAAUUUCUCCUGUUCUCUCUCUGCUUUUGCCAAACAAACCCCAGAUUCGUAGAUUCUCUCUAUUCUUUCGUUAACACUUUCGAGUUUAGUAAUCAAUGGCUUUGCCGAACCAACAGACCGUUGAUUAUCCGAGCUUCAAGCUCGUCAUCGUCGGCGAUGGAGGCACUGGAAAGACCACAUUCGUGAAGAGGCACCUGACUGGAGAGUUUGAAAAGAAAUACGAGCCAACUAUUGGUGUGGAGGUUCACCCCUUGGACUUCUUCACUAACUGUGGAAAAAUCCGUUUUUACUGUUGGGAUACUGCUGGGCAGGAGAAGUUCGGUGGUCUCAGAGAUGGUUACUACAUCCAUGGGCAAUGUGCCAUAAUUAUGUUUGAUGUUACUGCCCGCUUGACAUACAAGAAUGUUCCUACAUGGCACCGCGAUCUUUGCAGGGUAUGUGAGAAUAUUCCUAUUGUUCUGUGCGGUAACAAGGUUGAUGUGAAGAAUAGGCAGGUCAAGGCAAAGCAGGUCACAUUCCACAGGAAGAAGAAUCUGCAAUAUUAUGAAAUUUCUGCCAAGAGCAACUACAAUUUCGAGAAGCCUUUCUUGUACCUUGCCAGGAAGCUUGCAGGUGAUCCUAAUCUUCACUUUGUGGAGUCUCCUGCUCUUGCUCCUCCAGAAGUACACAUCGACUUGGCUGCACAGCAACAGCAUGAAGCUGAGCUUGUAGCCGCAGCCAGCCAGCCCCUUCCCGAUGAUGAUGAUGAUGCAUUUGAGUAGAAGGCUUUCACUGCCCUAGGGCCUUUCAACAUUUUCUGCUGCUUUUUCAUCUUCCCUUUGUUUCAAUUUGAUGUCAUCUUCUUAAAUUUUCAAAUCAUAUGGCGGAGUUUGGUUAUCAGAAGUGGGGGGGAUCAAUGUAGUUAGAUUUAUCGCAUAUAUUUGUUAUGGGGUAUUUGAUGGUGUUUUGUCGUUGUUGGUGCCAUGUUGGUGUUUUGGGUUUUGCUUCGAUUAAACCCUUUGUGCGCCAAUUCUAUUUGUUUUGAAUUUGAACCAGUUAGUGAGAAGAAUAUUCGAAUUC